AGCAGGUCAUGCUUGUGUCAAACCGACGACCGAGGAAGAAAUGCGAUUCCUGGCAUUGGAGUAUUCGCGGUGCCCCUUACAAAUUACAACAACCUACAGUACUACUGCGACCUGAACAUUGGGUCUCCGUGGCAAUCCUUUAAAGCAGCGCUUGAUACGGCUGGUGCCAGCUGGGUGCUCUCCACAAACUGCAAAGCGGAUCUGGAACUGUGCCGUGAUCGCGACAAGUACGACCCACGCGGCUCCUUCACUCACGUUGACGGCGUGGACGUCGCUUCGGCGCCCUUCGGGAACGGCACAGUUCUCGGGACGGCGUCAUGGGAUCGACAGCAAGUGGCCGGCGUUAUUGUGCCACGAAUGCCGUUCCUGCGCAUCGGUGACUUUGACGGCAAGAAGGACAUCUUCUGGGGCACUCCAUCCAACGCCGUUCUUGGACUGGAACAAGGCUCCCGCUCCUUCUUCGGCACCCUGGUGCGCGAGCGGCUCAUCGCGGAGCCACGGCUUGGCUUGUACUUCAGUCGUGACGACACAGACAACGGAGAGGCACUGUUCGGUGGUAGCAACAACAUGCGGUACGAGGAGCCGCUGACAUUCUUACCCGCCCUCGGUUCAUACUGGAAUUUUCAGCUAGAUGGAAUCGAAAUGGGACCUUACGGCCGCUACUGCUUCGCGGGUUGCAUCGCCAGGCCUGCCACAGCCGACCCUUACAUAGGAGGGCCGCCCAUCGAAAUACAACGAAUAAACAAUGACAUGGGAGCCAUGAAAGUUGACAGUGGCGAGUGGAUGCUGAACUGCGACGACAUCAGCCGGCUCCACGACAUCAGAUUUACGAUAGGGAAUCGUACGUUCGUCCUGCGGCCAAAGCACUACAUAGUCCAGCGCCGCACUCCCAACGGUAAGCGCUGCUACAGCGGUUUCAUCGAGGCCGUCGCAAAGGGAGACGUCACGUGGCACCUGGGUCACGUGUUCCUGAGACGAGUCUACACAGUUCUCGAGUGGCCAAGGAAUGGCUCGGGCUACGGGCUAGUAGGUUUCGCCUACGCACGCUGAACUCAUCUAUCAACUG